UUUGUUGUUUUCUACUUUACGUUGAAUUUUUGUAUUUUCCUUUUUAAAAUUGUUUUAUUGUUAAUGGUGCAUAAUUUUUAAUUAAUCCUACAAGAUGACGGUGAAGAAAAAGGAAUCUGGCUCUUCGGUUAAUAAGUCAUCAACACCACCUAAAUCUACAGCACGUAAAGAUUUAGCUUCCAGUACAGAUUCUAGUACUAAUAGUUCUAGUAGUUCUUCAUCAUCAACAUCAGGAUCUGAUUCCACAAGUUCAUCUGAUACGGAGAAUUCAUCUACUACUGAAAAUAAUUCUUCUGAAUCUGAAAAACACAAGAAAUCACCAAAGAAAAAAGCAUCCACUUCUUCAGAGCCAAAAGUUUCAGAACUUUCUAAAAAACAGUCUUCACCAGAAAAAUUUAAAAGUAAACCCAAUACAGCUCCUAAAUUAACAGCUGCUAUCUAUACUGAUUCAGAUACAGAUGCGGAAACAAAAACUAAAAGAAAAUUUCCACCUAUAAAACCUAAAGCUACUGCUACAGUUGCAGCAGUUUUAAAAUCACAGGAUAAAAACAAAAAAUCUGAUGUUAAACGUAGUCAAGGACCAAGAUCUAAAGCUACAGCUAUCUCUGAUGGAGUUAAAAAACCUGAAUCAAAGUCUAAAAGUAUUUUCAGCCCAGAUAAGAUAAAUAGUAGUGACAGUGAUCCUCCACCUCCAAAACUUACGCCAAUGAAAACUGCUACUACACAAAAAACAUUAGUAAAACCUAGACCAAAAGCAAUGGCAAAAUUAAAAAAACAUUCACCAACAACUAAAACAUCCACUUUAACAUCAGCAAGUUCUGAAUCUUCAGAUACAGAUUCGUCAUUAGACAAAAAGAUCAAAAAAACAACACAAGAACAGCAUAAAAAGAAACUUUUAAAUAAAACACCACAACCUGCUACAAAAGUUACAAGUGCUAAUGAAUCUUCAUCUAGUGGUAAAGUCUCUAGAGGACGUGGACGACCUAGAAAAUAUCCAGUUCCAGAACCAACUAAAAAUGGUUCAAAUAUUAAUUCCAAUUCUAAAACUGGUCAAGACCAAAAACUUGUUACAACUAGAGGAUCUACCAGAGUUAGUCGUAUAUUAGCUGCUAGUCAUAGAACUACAACUGCAACAGAUUCUGAUUCAGAUACUGGAAGUAAAUCAACAAGUACUAGUUGCAAAUCGCCUACUAAAAAAGCUCGUGACAAAACUCGUAAGCCACUAAAUUGUAUUGAUAAGAGAUUGAAUACUGGAGGACUUGUUGAAUUAGAAGAAAGACUUUGUCCAGUUAAUGGUUGUGAUUCAUUAGGUCAUUUGAAUGGUCUAUAUGAGCGUCAUUUCACUUCAGAAGCCUGUCCUAUGUAUCAUAGAUUAACUAUUAAACAAUGCCAAGAAAAUUUGUCUGAACGACUUAAGAAAAAUGAAGAACGUUUAAAAGGAGCAUUAAAAUCCAAUUCAGCCGAACAAAAAAUAUAUCGAGAUAAAGUGAAAGAAAUGAGAAGUGAGAUUGAAAAUAAAAAAAAAAAUGAAACGAGUAGUGAUACUUCCCAAAGUGACCAAUAUGUUGGUAAAGAUUUAGAGCCUGAUAUACUCAACUGCUCUAAUAUACCAUCCUAUGAUCUUAAAUUAUUUCAAGAAGCACAAGCAGUAGCCAGUGAGAAAAUCGAAGAAGAUUUAAAACAAUUACCAAAUUUUAAAGGCACAAAAUAUUUAGAAAUGGGAAAAUAUGAGAUGGAAGUUUGGUACCAAAGUCCUUAUCCAGAAGAAUAUACACAAGUACCAAAAUUGUACUUAUGUGAAUUUUGUUUACAUUAUAUUAAAAGUAAAACAGUACUAUAUAGGCAUAAACUUAAAUGUGUUUGGAAACAUCCACCUGGUGAUGAAGUUUAUCGGAAAGACCGUAUAUCUGUUUGGGAAGUAGAUGGAAAACGAUUCAAAAUAUUUUGUCAAAAUUUAUGUUUACUGGCAAAGUUCUUUCUAGACCAUAAAACCCUUUAUUAUGAUGUAGAACCGUUUUUGUUUUAUAUAAUGACUACUCAGGACGAAGAUGGAUGUCAUAUUGUUGGUUACUUUAGCAAGGAAAAGAAUUCGUUUUUGAAUUUCAACGUGAGCUGUAUAUUAACGUUACCCCCGUACCAAAGGCAAGGAUAUGGCAGGCUUCUCAUCGAUUUCAGUUACCUGCUAACCAGAGUAGAAGGAAAAGUCGGUUCGCCCGAAAAACCGUUGUCAGAUUUGGGUCUAAUAUCGUACAGGAGCUACUGGAAAGACGUGUUAUUGCAGUACCUAUGCGAUUUAGGUGGAAAACAACUGUCCAUAAAAGACAUGAGUCAAGAACUGGCUAUCAACUCCUAUGAUAUAGUGAGCACGCUCCAAGCCCUCGGCAUGAUGAAAUAUUGGAAGGGAAAGCACAUCAUACUCAAGAAACAGGAAGUGAUUGACGAAUAUUUGGAAAGGUCAAAACGUCGAGGAUCAGACUACAAAGAAAUCGAUGCGAAAUGUCUGCGAUGGCGGCCCCGUACAGCAGCUCCCACCCCAGCCGGGCCCACGUGAAAUUUACCUGUUCGCAGUGAAAACAACGCUUAAAAAGCUCGCCGUGUUCCAGUAUUGUUUCCGGAAGCAGGAUGUUUCGGCACGGCAAAACAAUCGGUCCGAGCAGGCAAUUAAGUUUUCUAGGGGGAAAAAUCAAUUUUGAUUCCUAUAAUUUAAUUAUUUUUAUUUAACUCAAAUAUAUAUAUAUAUAUAUAUAUUUAUAUACAAAGGAAUAUUCAAUGUCUCAAUGAAUAAUCAAGCCGAUAUCGUCAUUAUUGGCAUCGAUCCCAAUAAGCGCGUCCCCUCAGCCUCGAGGCUGUUAACGUGCAAUAAAAUAGCACACGUUUUUCACAAUUACAAAAUGUGAUAAUGACCGAGCAAGGAUAGCAACGGACGUCGUUCCGACGGGCCGGGACGUGUUUAGAACGACGACGAUCGAACCUAAAUGAGAGCGCAUUUAUUUUAUAAUAAUAAUAAUAUACUCCGUACUCGGCGCGACGUUCCCCUUUUCUGUGCUCGCCGUCGAAAAACGCUCCGUAUAUAAUCCCACGUUAUGUUUCUCCCUGGUCUCAUUAGUCGAUAUCGGUUUUAGUUUUAUUUUAUUUUUUUUUUAUCUUUUAUCGUCCCGAUAAUAAAAACCUAAGGCAUUUUGGUUUUUUUUUUUUCCCCCCGUUUUUAAAUCGUAAGUUAACGACGUAAUAUUACACCGUGCGCCGCCUAUUAUAAACGUGUCGAUUAACAUUAUUGUACGCCAACUCCUUACCCGUUUCACUCGUACCCACACAAUGCUAUAAUAAUAAUAUAGAUAGGGGUCUGGUGCGUCUACCCCCCCCCCUCAAGCUAUGUUUUCGCUAAGCCCUUAAAACUCGUACGAUUACAGACACACGCUUAUAUUAUGAGGUACCUACUGCAUGAUAUUAUUAAUGUAACUGCAGUGUCCAUAUCUAUAUUUCGACCGUAGUCCCAGUGAUUAUUAUGGGGUUUACCCCCCUCCUUCAUAUACUCAUCACUUCUGUAUCCUGUAUAUAUAUAUAAGUACCCGUGAACGUAGUGUAGAAAAAUAUCAUAUUUAAAUCGUUUGGUCAAAGCUCAG